AGUGCUAAGAAAAAAACCAAAAUCAAAAACCAAACAAAUGAAAAAAGCAAGUAUUAAGUUAACGAGAGAAAAGCAAGCUCAAUGCAGUUGGUUAAAUGUGUGUUAACUAAAGCAAAUUCCAUAAAGGAAUUCAAAGUAACAAAAUGCGUUUAAAUGCCUCAACAAAAACGACACGUUUGAAAUCGAGACCGAGACCAGCAAGAGAAACGUUUAAAAGAAGCGCCAACACGACAUUGACACCAAUUGGCCAAAUUGAUUGCUCUAUACGCAUAAUAAUUAAACUUAUUCUAUUAACUACCACAAUCAUGGGCAGUGGCAGUGGCAGUGCAAGUGGUUUUGCCCAGGCCAAAGCCAUGUAUGUUGCAGUUAAUAAAAUUAAAGACCUGGAACUAACUGCGGCUGCGGCUGCGGCAGCUACCAGCGUCGACGUCGACGUCAGCGCCAGUGCCAGCUUCAGCGAAAUAACCACAAAACCAGCAACCGAAGUAUUUCAAUUGUCAACGACCACACCCACAAUCUUUCACAUAAAGAUGACUUCAUUAAGGGACAGUGAUGAGUUCAAUGAAAUCGAAAAUGUAGCUAUAGAGCCAUCUAUAUCUGAUAUUGCUACAGAUGAUAUAGACGAGAGUAGCAUUAAUAUGGGGCAUACAGAUAAUACGGAUGACACGAUAGCCGAUUACGACAUGAGUCUAGGCAAAUCUAGGCAGAUAUUGCCCAUAGUUAAUGCAACAAUAACCAAUGAUAACUAUCCGAAUAUGGAUAAACCAAAAGCCAAAGAUUUAUCAUCACUAUCAUUAUUGAAUACACAUCAAAUAUCCGAAUCGUCAGAGAAAAAGAAUUUGAUUAUCAAAGAUGCUGCCUCGUCUGCAGUAUAUCAACAAAUUGGUAGCCAAAAAAUCAAUGCUCUCGGUCCGGCGACAUUGCCAGGAGUAGUCUCCAAUAAGACCCUGGUGGGUCCCACUAGUAGUGGGAGCACAGUAUCAACGCCAAUCCGAUCGAUUGGUAACAAUAAAACGCAUGUGCGUAAUUCUGCAAUAAAAACCGAUAGUAAACAUAUUUUGCCAAAGGUACAAAAGACCGAUGCUCCGAUGUUAAAUUACAUUUUCGAUACCUUCUCAUCGGCAAAUAAACAUCAUCAUCAUGAUCAAAGAUAUGGUCCACAUUUCGAGGAUGCACAACGCGUGGGGCAAGUGUCAAAUAUGACUGUUCAAGCCGGUAGCAGCAUCUUUUUAAAUUGCAGGAUAUCACUGCUACAGGAUAAGACUGUCUCUUGGGUGCGACGAAACACUCAAAAUGAGGAGAAUGCAUUGGAUCUGCUUACAGUGGGCCUGCACACUUAUACGGGUGAUAAACGUUAUAAAAUGGAAUUCCAAUAUCCCAAUAAUUGGCGACUGAAAAUAACAAACGUUAAAAAAGAUGAUGAGGCCAGUUACGAAUGCCAGAUAUCGACUCACCCACCUCGCGUUAUACAAAUUAAUUUGCAUGUGAAUGCUCCCAAAGUGAUGAUUGUGGAUGAGGUUGGUGAUCCUUUGCAGGAGAAAUACUAUGAAAUUGAUUCAACGCUACAGCUAUCCUGUGUAGUACGAAAUGUGGCAAUGACUAGUUCAGUUGUCUAUUGGAAGCAUAGUGAUAAUGUGCUCAAUUACGAUGUCACACGCGGCGGAGUAAGCGUUAAAACUGAACUUAUGGAUGAUGGCGCCAAUUCAACAUUGUCCAUUGCCAGGAUAAGCAAAGCCGAUUCGGGAAAUUAUACCUGUUCUAUAAGUGAUUUUCAAAAUUUUACAAUUGUGGUGCACAUUUUGAAUGGUGAAAGUUUCGCUGAGCUACAUCAUGGAGGAGCAGGCGGAAUUCUGCAAUGGCAAUGGCUGCAAUUCCUUAUGUUGAUUCUCCUAAUUAUCGAUAAUUCAACAGUUUUUGUAUUCACAUGUAGGUAAAGUUGGGUAAAAACAAAGGAAGGCGAAAUCUUCAAGGUACUACAUUAACUAAAUAUUGUUUUUUUUUUUUUUUUAGUAGCCUUACGUACAUAAGUAUGGUAUGUUUUUUUUUCUUGUGUUAAUUAAUUGUAAAGAUUUUGGAUUUGAUAGAAAAAUAGAAAAGUUA